AUGACAUGCUGCCUCCCCCACGUUAGGCCAGCGACGGCCGGACACAAGAGGGGCUGUGGCGAGUCCGGGUCCGGCAAAGGAGCAGGGGCUGCGAAUCUGAGAUGGACGAGGUUUCGGGAGUCCUCGACGACGGCUAAGGUGACCGACCCUGCGGCAGAGUCUUCUUCAAAAAGACAUGGGUCCGGUACGAUCGUCGAUCUUUUCACCACCAUAUUUCAAAAAAAAAGGGGCCUGGUUGGUUGGGGUGUGGGCUGGGUAUGGGCUGGAGCCUUGUAUCGGUAG